AUGGCUCAAAUUAACGCACUUCAUCAAAGUGGUAUAACCGAAGAAGAUAAGAUUAUCAAUACGAAGGCUUUGUAUUUAGAGGAGCACAAGAAACCCUUUCUUCUUGACCAUUGUUGGCUCAUGUUAAAGGACCAACCAAAGUUUGCCGAUCCUAACAAUGCUAGAUCGAGAUCAUCCGUGCCUCCAACUUCAGAGGCAAUAUCUAUUAGUGAAGGGGAUUGUGGGUCUGGACUUGGUGAUACUUCUAAUUUUGAGAGACCUAUUGGUAGGAAGGCUGAAAAGGCCAUCCGAAAGAACAAAGCCAUCGGAAAAGAUAUAGGGGAAUAUUUGAACAAAAAAUUGAAAUUGAUUGAGGAUGUUGCAUCCAUGAAUCACUUUUUGUUUCUCAAGUUCCUUCUUGAUGACUCAGAUGAAGAUGAGAUAAUCGAAGAACUUGUUAUGAAAGCAUCACAACCUAAGCGUCGUCUUCGUUCUAUCCAACGUAAUCAUUUGGUAGGCCAUGAGAGGCUUUUUCUUGAUUAUUUUGCUCCCACACCAGUAUAUCCAUCCACUUUAUUUCGUAGGAGAUUUCAGAUGAAGCGUUCUCUUUUUCUUCGUAUUCAAUCUCAAGUUGAAGCUCAUAACUCUUAUUUUGUCCAAAAAAGAAAUAGUACCAACAAACUUGGUUUAUCUUCAUUACAAAAGAUAACUGCUGCACUUAGAAUGCUUGCGUAUGGAGUAUCGGGUGAUUUGAUAGAUGAAUAUGUGCGGAUUGGAGAAACUACUGCAUUAGAAAGUUUGAAAAAAUUUGUUACUGCGGUAAUUGAUGUUUUCUCUGAAGAAUACUUGAGAAAGCCAAACAAUGAAGACAUUGCUAGACUGUUAGCUCACGGCAAACGUCAAGGUUUUCCAAGUAUGUUAGGUUCAAUUGACUGCAUGCAUUGGAAGUGGAAAAAUUGUCCAUCUGCAUGGAAAGGUCAAUAUUGUGGUCAUAUUCAUGAGCCUACUAUUAUUUUGGAGGCAGUAGCAUCAUAUGAUCUUUGGAUAUGGCAUGCAUUAUUUGGGUUAUCUGGGUCAAAUAAUGAUAUUAAUGUGUUAAAGCGAUCUCAUGUAUUUAAUGAACUUGUUGAAAGACGUGCUCCUACAAUAUAUUACUCAAUUAAUGGUCAUGACUACACUAUGGGAUAUUACCUUGCUGAUGGCAUAUAUCCAAAGUGGGCAACAUUUGUGAAAAAAAUCCCAGCUCCACAAGGAUAG